CUGCUAAUCUGGAAGGUAGGGAGGCCGUGGGCGGCUGGCUGCGCUAACGCGGCCGUGACAUCCCUGCCAAAAUUUCGUGAACGGAAUUCCACCACGAGCUUGAGUUGCGCGAACACACAAACUUCCACACCAGCACUUGCGUCCAGAAAUACUGAGUCCGCGCAUUUCUUGCAUACUGGGCUCGAGACCGAUCUGCAGCACGUCUCCCGUAAAGUCCUCUUGAAGGCUGACCGACACUCGUUCCAACCACACAGCGCCGCCUGUCGCAACCCACACCCGCAAUGGCACCCGAAGCGCCGCCAAAGACGAAGAAGUCUAAAGCCACGCCGAAAACAGUCGCAGACUUCACCGUUCUUCCCCUCACGUUACCCACACUGUCUGGCAUACCAGCGCACUGCAAUGAUGCAAAGCAUUACAUCUACGUCAAACCGCACGCACCCAGCAUACCCACCGCCGACGACGAGCGCAGCCUCUUCAUCGCAAACACACCCGUCGACGCAUCCGAGCGCAACAUCCGCGCGCUGUUCCAAGAACAAUUAGGCGGCUCCAUGGUCGAGCGCGUCGAGUUCGAUGCCUCUGUUCCCGCGCAACCAAUGCACAAGCGCUGGAAGAGCGACAAGCCUGUGGCGCAAGACGACUCAGUUACCUCGAGAGGCAAGAAGAGGAAGAGGACCGAUGAUGCGGCGGUGAUAGCAGAGGGUGUGGUGGAAGACGCCGAGAGCGCGUUACCACGGUUAUGGAACAGCGAAGUGCGAAAGAGCGGGAGUGGCGCCGUCGUCGUCUUUGUGGACAAGAAGAGCACGAGGGGUGCAUUGAAGGAGAUUCAAAAGGCUGUUAAAGAGGGAAGGAGUAUAUCGUGGAAGGGAGGAGAAGGACUAGGCGUUGAGCGCUACAAAUCCCACAACACCCUCAUCUACCCAACCCCCACCCUCCUUCAAGCCUCACUAAACGCCUACCUCACCCAAUUCAACGCCCUCGAAACAGCGCGGAACCGCAUUCGCAAGACAUCUCGCUCUGUUCCUGACGAGGAAGGCUUCAUGACGGUUACAAGAGGCGGUCGUGUUGGGCCUGCUAGGCUGGAAGAGGCGGAGAAGAAGAAGGCCGAGUUGGAUGAGCGCAAGAGGAAUCACAGGGCUACGGAUGACUUUUAUAGGUUCCAGAAUAGGGAGAGGAGGAAGGAGGCUGAGGGCUUGCUCAAGAGGAAGUUUGAGGAGGAUAGGAGGAGGGUGGAGGGUAUGAGGGAGAGGAGGGGAAGGGUCAGGCCGGAGACGUGAGAGUGGGAUACGUGGUGGGCGUGUGAUGAAGACCUUCUUCAAGACCUUCUUUGGGGGAAGAUGCUGUAUACGAAUGUUUGGGUUGCAGAAGCACGCAGUUUGUGCCACCAGAUGAAGAUUUUACUGGACUGUCCUCUUCGCAUCACGGCUCACUCAGCAUGGCACGAAUGUGAGG